ACUGGGCGUCCGCUUGUAUUUUAACACUUCCUUCUUAAAAAAAGAAAAAAAGAAAAAUGAAGAAUAAUAUGAUGUCCAAAUUUUAAAUUUUAUAUUUAAAAUCAAAUGAUGAACUCAAUUACUCCGGAUAAUAGAACAAAUCAAAAGGGAGGACUGUGCUGUCCAUUAACGACAUUGAGAUAACAAAUAGCAAUCAAAAAGCACAGGAAAAGGAAAGAAAAAGCAAAGGAGAAUGGAUGGUUACAGAGGGAGAGAGAGAUUUUAGAGUGAGAGAGAUGUUGUGGGUUGUUCAUCAUCUUCUUCCUAAAGGAAAGCGAACUCGUGUAUGGGGAGGAGCAUUUCUGAUUUGGUUUCUUCUGAUGUUGGGUACCCCCAAAAUCUCCCACUCCCCCAAACAUCAUCUCUUCUCUGAUAUGCGGAAUUUCCUCGGAGUUCCUAAUACACUGAAUGUGAUCACAAACUUCCCUUUUUUGAUUAUUGGUGUUCUGGGUUUUGUUCUGUGUCUCCAACACAGUUUCUUUGUUAUAAGUUUAAGAGGAGAGAUAUGGGGUUGGGCCAUUUUCUACGCAGGAAUAGCAUCAAUGGCUUUUGGCUCUGCUUAUUAUCAUCUAAAGCCAGAUGACAGUAGAGUACUGUGGGACACAUUGCCGAUGAUGAUUGCAUUCUCUGGCCUAUUUGCUAGUUUAGUUUUUGAGAGAGUGGGGGUGCGGAUUGGAUUCACUUGCUUGUUUGCACUCCUUCUGCUUGCUUUGAUCAGCAUAGCCUGUGAGAGAAACUUUAAUGAUCUCCGCUGGUGCAUGAUGUUCCAGUUGAUUCCGUGCAUAGGCAUCCCAUGUAUGGCAUUUUUGUACCCACCUAAGUAUACUCAUUCAAGAUAUUGGCAUUGUGCGACAGGGGCUUACCUUCUUGCAAAAUUUGAAGCUGCGGUUGAUAGGAAAAUUUACAAUGUAAAUCAUUACAUUAUCAGUGGACACUCAUUGGAGCACUUAUGUUUAGUGAUGGUUCCUUUGCUGCUCACUCACAUGCUCAUGUUCAGAAAUAUUAGAACUCUAAGAUUGGGUGAAUUUAAAGAGCGUCCAUGAAGACAGCAGGCAAGAAAGUGGAUGACUUCCAGUGCUGCAGCAAGUGGACUCGAAAAAUUUCUCUGUUACGCUGGACAUGAGUUGGUAACCUUGCUUUUAGCAAUUAAUCGGUUAAUUUUUUGGGGUCAUUUUUUUUAUCCUUCGGUAUUCCAAAUUCUCAACUAAUAUUCCGUGAAGAAAUGGAAGUUUGUGAUUAGAUGCUUCCCAAAUACCUCUAUUUUGUGUAGCAUGGUGAUUGUAUUGCAAAAUUUCUUUGUUGGAGGUACAAUUUCCAAGUUAUGACUACUAAAAAUUGAUCAUAGAGGCCUUGCGAAGCUAGGCUAUGAUGAAUUCCAUAUGAUCUUGAACUUAUUCAUCACUGACUAAUGAUAUUUUGUAAAAACAUAUAUGAUUAACGGCUUU